AUUCACUGCAUGCUUUCCGAUACCCAUCUUUGAUAUCUCCUCAGGAAAUAAGAAUGGGCGAUAGGAACUCGAGAAAGCGAAAGUACUGUUGGAAUAAUGCCACGAAGCAGAAGAGCGUUGAACCUAAUAUUAGCGGACUACUUAUCACAUGUGACAACCAUGAAAAACAGGCUAUCGCGGAAGCAUACAAUAUUAUCGACCAUCUGAUGGAUGACGGUAAAGCUGCUGAGCCCAGUAAUGUACCUUCCGAUGGCGAAGAGGACGAGGAUGUCGCUGAUUCUUUGAAGAAGAUUUGCGAGGAGGCGCGCGAUAACAAAGAAAAAGUUCGAAGAUGCAAACAAAGGCCGACAGGCGUGAAAAAUUGCCUUUUUGUAACGGUACGAGAUGCAGAUGUUGUUGAUCUUGCUGAACGAAUGGUGACAUAUGCGCAAGCAGAAAGGCAGUGCCGAUACUUGCAGCGAGUCCUGCCAGUUGAGGAGACGGCCGACGUAAACCUGCAAAAGUUGAAUGACAUGAUACUGAAGUGCGUUUCGCGCCAUCUGAAGGCGAAGGAUGAUGGAUCAUUCCCGUCGCAUGCGAUGGAAUUCAAAGCCCGGAAUAAUGACUCAAUUAAGAAAACUGAUGCGCUGGAAAUGCUGGGUGAUGCUGUAAAUGCAGUCGCUCCCGGUUCGAAAGUGGAUUUGAAUCAUGCGGAUGUGACUUUCAUGGUCCAACUAGUGCGAAAAACGAUGAUGGUUGGAGCUAUGCCUAAUUAUUAUGCAAAAAGAAAGUACAGUUUGCGUCCGAAAGAAGAUAAAGUAGAGAAAUCAGAUGACGUCAAAGAAUUGGCUGCAGAUGCAAUUGGCCCUAAUGAGGCUGUCGAGAAAAAGGAGGAGCCAGCUGCAGCCGAGGCGUGA